AUGACACAAUGGACAUGUGAACCACUUUCCUUGCCUUCGUUGUCCAUAACUUGCCAGGACUCCAAAAGACGCGGUGUAUCCUGUUACCGACGCGUGUCUCCUGGUACCAGGGCAAAUCUAAUUUGCAAGGAAGGAUACCAGCAAUUAGAAGAUCCUGGAUUUUAUAGUAUCAAAUGCGAAGAAGAUGGUAUUUGGGACAAGUGUCCAUUUUCAUGUCAGCCUGUUUGUGGGAAUGUAAAUCCUCUGGAUAAUGAAAGUGAUGUUGGGCGAUAUCCGUGGUUUGCUACAAUAUUUCAUGACAAACCAAAAAAUGAGCCAAGAAUUGUUUGCGGUGGUACAAUUAUUUCCGAUAAUGUAAUAAUCACGUCUGCACAUUGUCUUUAUGAUGAAGCUAAAGCAGCGAAAUUUAAUGCAUCUUAUGUUAAGGUAGCAGUUGGUACAGGCCUUUACAAAUGGAACGAUUCAUUAUAUAAUACACCAUAUGCUCAAUAUUACGAAGUCAAACAGAUAAAUGUAUUUCCUUUAUACCGUGGUAUUGUAACAAAUUUCAGAGACGACAUAGGUGCGAUUAUAUUAAAAGAUAAAAUUAAAUUUAAUCGAUAUAUUUCACCGGCUUGCCUUGAUCUUAAUAAUGAUAAUAGGCCUACAGAAUUACCAAAAGGAACUAAUUAUACGCUUACAGGAUAUAAAGAUUUUGAAUUUAAAAAACUUGAACCGGUAAUAAUUCCCUUACUACCAGCUUUGGAAUGCAUCGAUGAGAGUGACGACCAAUUUAAACAAUACAUCACAGUAAAUAACAUAUGUGUUGGAAAUCCAAACGCGGAACCAUAUAGUGCAUUUUAUGGUUAUGGAGGGUCAGGUGUAAUGAAACCAUAUGCGGAACCAAAAACUUUAAUCGGAAUUGUAUCUAUAAGUUUAACUACUCAGGGAAUAAUUCUGCUCACAGAUAUUUCGAAUUAUAUUCACUGGAUUAAAGAUGUCUUGAGCACAGCUAAUGAAGUGGAACAACCAAUAUUUUGUGGCAGAAUUUCAUCAUCGUCUAACAUCAAUCAAAUGUGUACUAUACCACCACCCCUCGAAAAUGGCCAAUAUGUAAUUGGAGGCUUUGAUGGCAUUCCGAAUCCCGGUACAAAAGUUCCAGAGUGGUCAGUAAUUAAAUUUAAUUGCAACGAAGGAUUUGGAUUAAUUGGAGACGAUACCGGCAUUUGUACUAAUGGCCAAUGGUCUACAACAGCAAAAUGUUUAAAAAAAUGCAAAGGAUUAACUUCGAGCAGUGUUCAAUUGAAUUGUAUUUAUAAUAAUCUAUCUGUGCCUUGUGAUGAGCCUGUAAAAUCAGGCACAAAAGCCUUCUUAAGUUGCAAGAGAGGUUAUAGACUACCAUAUAAUCCAGAAUAUAAUUUCGUAAGUUGUGAAGAAGAUGGAACUUGGGAUUACAGCAUAUACAGAUGUACAGCUGAAUGCGGCGUUGCAAGACCUAAAGGUAUAUCGCUUGUCAUUAAAGGGCAAGACGCAGGUCUUCAAGAUUUUCCUUGGCAUGUUGGAAUCUAUCUCAAAGAUUUAAAUGUUUUAAAUAAAUAUGGAAUUUGGUGCGGUGGGAGCAUUGUGACAAACAAACUUGUCAUUACAGCUGCUCACUGUUUUUAUGAGCCUGGAACACUGAACCGUAUAGACAAAUCUCGUUUCACUGUAGUGGCUGGUAAAAUAUAUGAAGAUUGGGAUAAUAUAAAUGAUAAUUAUGCACAAUAUAGUGAAAUAGAUAGAUUACUUAUACCGCCAACAUAUUAUGACAUUCAAGGUAACUACGCGCAGGAUAUAGCUAUAUUAAAGCUUCAAUCAAUUUUAGAGUUUUCAGCAAUUGUGCGUCCAAUUUGUUUAGAAUGGGAUUUUGAAGGUGUAGAAGAGGAUUUUGUAGCUGGUACCAAGGGACUGGUUGCAGGAUGGGGACUAACUACUGAAGGUGGAAAUGUUAGCUCAAUAUUAAAAUAUGUCAUACUGCCAACAGUUCCCCGACAAACAUGUCUUGAGCACAGCCCUCCUGAUUUUCGACCUUUCAUCACUGCUGAUAAAUUCUGUGCAGGAUAUCUUAAUGGAACAAGUGUUUGUAAAGGUGACAGUGGCGGUGGUUUGGCAAUACCGAUUUACAAUGGAGAUGAACCGGUAUACUUUCUUAGAGGAAUUGUUUCAGUCGGUCCUAUGAAAGAUGGUACUUGUGAUGCUCAUAAAUAUACUGCAUUUACAAGAGUUUUGUCACAUAUAAAUUGGAUAAAAAAGUAUAGAGCAUUGUAG